CCCUGUGGGUGCCACCAAGCCUGGUGACGUCCCCCCCCCCGUUGUCCUGCAGCAGGUGACGCUGGCAUGGUGCGCGUGGUGUGCGGCCACCACAACUGGAUCGCCGUGGCGUACGCACAGUUCCUCGUCUGCUACAGGUUGAAGGAGACGUCGGGGUGGCAGCAGGCCUUCUGCAGCCCGCGGCUGGACUGGGUGAUCGAGCGCGUUGCCCUCAACGCCAAGGUCCUGGGCGGCCCCUUGGGUGACCACGACAAGAUGGUGGCGGCGGCAUCCUGCAGCGAGAUCAUCCUCUGGGCCCUGCAGGGCGACGGCGACGGCAGUGAGAUUGGCGUCUUCCGCCUCGGCGUCCCGGUGGAGGCCGUCUUCUUUGUGGGCAACCAGCUCAUCGCCGCCAGCCAUACAGGCAAGAUCGGUGUCUGGAACGCUGUCACCAAGCACUGGCAGAUCCAGGACGUGGUGCCCAUCAACAGCUAUGACGCCGCCGGCACCUUCCUCCUCCUCGGCUGCAACAACGGCUCCAUCUACUACGUGGAUGUCCAGAAGUUUCCCCUGCGCAUGAAGGACAACGACCUGCUGGUGACCGAGCUGUACCGCGACCCCUCGGAGGACGCCGUCACCGCGCUCAGCGUCUACCUCACGCCCAAGAGCAGUGACAGCGGCAACUGGAUCGAGAUUGCCUACGGCACCAGCUCGGGCGUGGUGCGGGUGAUCGUGCAGCACCCUGAGACGGUGGGCUCGGGCCCCCAGCUCUUCCAGACCUUCACCGUGCACCGCAGCCCCGUCACCAAGAUCAUGCUGUCGGAGAAGCACCUCAUCUCCGUGUGCGCUGACAACAACCACGUGCGGACCUGGACGGUGACACGCUUCCGCGGGAUGAUCUCCACCCAACCCGGCUCCACGCCGUUGGCCUCCUUCAAGGUCUUGGCCUUGGAGGACAUCGACGGCCAUGCCGGCUGCGCCGCCGGCACCGAUAUCGGGCCCUUCGGGGAGCGUGACGAGCAGCAGGUCUUCAUCCAGAAGGUGGUGCCCGACGCCUGCCAGGUCUUUGUGAGGCUGUCGUCCACUGGAAAGAGGUGAGGGGGGCGCUUCGGGGGGCCUCCAGUUGGCUUUGGGGGGCCAUGAAGGUUUUUGGGGGACCAUUGGGGGGCCCCAAAGGUCUUUGAGGGCCCAUCGGUGGUCAUUAAGGGGUCCCAAUGGUCAUUGAGGGGCCCUGAAGAUCUUUUGAGGGCCUGGUGAUUGUCACUGGGGGGCCCUGAAGGUCUUUGGGGACCCAUCAAUGGUCACUGGGGGGGGCUGAAGGUCU